AUGCUCAUUUCUAAAAAGGAUUCAUAUAUGCUGUUGAGCGUUCGACGUCGGCAAACCUGUGGGAGAGGCUUAGUGGUUUGGCGUGAGAUUGCAACGUAUCUUUUCCGGAGAGCGGCGCCCUAUGAAAACAUCUUGAGGUCGUGGGUUCGAUUCCCACCUUCCACUUUCUUUUUUCGCUGGAAGCGGAAGACGGAGCGGAAGACGGACAAGUGGAGGAUCGUUGGAUUCUUUUUGCCUUGCCGAACCAACACAUCAACACCGUGCUCCUACUCCACCACCACCAUCCCGUUUGCAAGCAACAUCGUUCACCGAGAACAGCGCAACCUAAUUGCACAUCAAGCGACGAGCGUAAGCACAUCCUCCUCUCCCCACAAGAACAACCGUCAAGAUGCCGAUGAUCGAGUGCGAGUAAAGUGUUCACCAGAAGACACCAUCGGAGACCUGAAAAAGCUCAUCGCUGCACAAACCGGAACACCACCACAGAAGAUCAUCCUCAAAAAGUGGUACACGGUGUACAAAGAUCACAUCACCCUAGCAGAUUACGAGAUCGCCGACGGUUUCAGCUUCGAAAUGCACUAG